UGAGGGGGACAUGAUAUUAGGUUUGCGUUUGCUCUCUCUCCCUCAGUUUCAGCAUCUACCUGCUUCAGCAGCACACACAGCCGACAUGGAAACCAACAAAGUGGUGGAAAACAUCUACCUUCUGGUCAUCGUCACCCUCAUCAGCGUCCUCCAGAACAUAUUCUUUGCACAGAAGGUAGAGAAGUGUAAGAACAUCCCCAUUUCUGCGAUGGAGCGAGUGUCCUGUGCCAAUCGCAACUGCAUGGACGUUUACCCCACUUUCCUGGCAGUGAUGUGGUGUGCCGGCCUGUGUCUCAGUCAAGCUCCCGCUGCGUUCGCUGGCUUCAUCUACCUUCUAGUCAGGCAGAAGUACUUCGUUGGUUAUCUGGGACAAACUUCUCAAAGCACCCCAGGCUACCUGUUUGGAAAACGCGUGAUUGGCUUUCUGUUCCUCAUGUGUGUCGUUGGCAUCUUCAACUACCUGCUGGCUCAUUACUUCGGCAGCGAUUACAAAGAAUAUGUGGAAACGAUCACCAACGCUGCGUCUGCUCUUCUCCUCAUCCCUUAGAUUGGUGUAUGUCCAGUAAAUUCCUCACAAUCAUUCUUCAACACGUCAAUUAAAACACUGGAUUGUCUCUUUUGUGAAAGUUUUAAUUGCAUGUUUGAUACAAAAAUAAAAUUCAAUAACUUUCCUUGCAACCAAAUAUUGGUUAAAAUGUACAGAAAUCUGCAGACAAUGUCAGUUACACAAAUGUUCCCACAUUAUGGAACAGCAAAAAAAAAAAAAAAAAAAACAAUAUGUACAGAAUGAGACUGAUCUUCAUGUCAUCCAAAAA